UGCUGGGGUCUGAGGGUGGCCAGGCACCAGGCCAAGGCUGGUAGUCGGAGGCUUGUGCACCUGGACUGUGGGGCCAGAUCUGAGGCUGGACGGGACAAGGCUCUGGGGAAAGGGAGGCUGAUAGUGCCCACCUAGGAGUUGGUGGGGUUCUUGCAGGAGGCCGGGGAGGGGGAGCCAGGGGGUGGGGUUGAGGUCCCAGGAGGAGGGUCUUGGGGACCUCCUGUAUCCAAGCAUGGCCCCAGACCCCACACCAACCAAGGGCAGUGCCCCGGAGGAGUCAGUGGGACGCCUCAAGCCUGCCAAGCCAAGAGAAGCCCAGGUGUCCCUGGCCGCUGCAGCGGGACUCUGCAGGACUCUGCCACUGGGCGCUGUGCUCCUGGGCUCCACCAUCUGUCAUGGGCUCAGCCAGGCCUGACCCGGGAGCCUUACGAAGGGACAGAAAGUGGCAUUAGAGCCAGUGAAGAAAUGAAUGGUGCUGGGCUGGUCCUGCCUCUGUGCGCACAAAGCUAGUCAGGUUUCUGCUGGCUUUGGCGACUCGGGCUCCACAGAAACCACUCGGGAGAGCUGUUCUCAGUCAUGUGGGGUGGGGGGGCCGGGCCUCUUGGAUCCAGGCAGCACAAGGGGGCAAGCGCAGGCAAGGGCGUGGAGGGCUGCUGGCUUCCUGCGGUGCUUCCUAAAACACUUCUGCCUCUUCAAGUAUCUGACCAGACUGGCUCUUCUGGAUCCCAAGGCUUAGUUAGGCUGGGCAGUGCCCUGUGUCACCAGGUGAGCAUGACAAGAUUUGGGGCAGAGACCUGGUCAGGCCAGCUCUGGGGAGCAUGAGGCUUGGAGAGAUACAGACUCACAAACACCCACAUGGCAGAAUACAGGCCCCGGGUACCCCCACAGGUCCACCACUUCUCAGCUGUGCCCUUCCUCUGUGCCAGGACCCAGGAACCCUGUAUUCCAGUGUUGGGUGCAGGGGGCACCUCAGAACAGGCCAGGACCCAGAAGGCCCACCCCGACGUAUGGCAGCAGGGGCACUCCUCUCGCCUCUGCUCCAGCCCAGGCCUGCCUGAGCUCAGAGGUGAUGACACCUUUCUCAACCACCCUCAUCCGCAAGAUGUCUGGCUGGGUCAGAAUGCAGUGGGGACAGCCCAGCUCCUGGCCCCAGGCCCUGCCUGGACCCAGCUGCUGCUUUAGGGCUGAAUCAGGCAGGGCCUUAGCUCAGGGUUGGGCCCUGACUUCUGGACCCUGGACCGUGCUGGGGUCUCCUCCGGGCUGUCCACACCUGCCGGGGGUCUCCCCGCCCAGAGGGGUUGGAGGUCAGAGUGAAGCGUCCUUCUCCCCCUCUUCUUGCAGAUCCACCAUCCCAGGGAUCUCAUCAUCCCUUCCCAGGGCCUGGUGGGCAGAGCAGACCCCACACACUCCAGCUGCAGGCUGGUACUCCCUGCCAGCAGCAAGGGCACGCAGGCCCUUCCCGGGCCCCUGAUGUGCACACCUGUGGGUGCCUCUGUGGAACGCCCCAGCCCCCACACAGGGAGAGCACGAGCACACACGCAUGCGCCACCACGCCUCCCCUGGUCCUGCCUGCCCUGGGCCAGCUUCUAGGUCAGGCCUGGGCACGACUUCCUGGGAGAACCGGCGGCAGGCGCUACGGGCUGGAUCCAGCCACUCGCGGUGUGCGGUGGCCAUGGCUUGGGGCGCGUGGGGCCGGGCCCAGGGGGGCCCUGUGGGGGCUCUAACCCUGACAGCUCUGGCUGAAGGGAUCCAGGCUGACCAGGGGCAGACCCCGGGUCGCUCUUCCCUUGGCCCUCAGCCGGAACACGAGCUUGAACCCGAGGUGGAAGCUGAGGGUGCAGCUGCCAGCCCCAUGGCUGGCAGUGAGGCCUGCUCCCUGCCCGGCAGGCAAGAGCCGGCCCCCGAGGGGCCCUAUCAGGACCCCCAGAGUCCCUGGGAAGAGGGGGCCCUUGCCGACCUGGCGGUGUACACGGCUGCCUGCCUGGAAGAGGCUGGCUUUGCGGGGACCCAGGCAACUGCGCUCACGCUGUCCUCGGCUCUGGAGGCCCGGGGGAAGCGUCUGGAGGACCAGGUGUACGCCUUGGUGCGGGGCCUGCGGACACAGGUGCCCAGCCUGGCCGAAGGGAGGCCCCGGCGGGCGGCCCUCCGGGUGCUGAGCGCGCUGGCCCUGGACCAUGCUCGGGAGGUGGUGUGUGCGCUGCUGCCAAGCUCCCUGCCCCCCGACCGGUGCUCGUACCCCCAGCCAGCAGCUGAGCUGUGGCGCAGCCUGAGCCGGAAUCAGCACGUGAAUGGGCAGGUGCUGGUCCAGCUGCUGUGGGCACUGAAGGAUGAAGCCAGGCCCGAGCUGGAGGCCUUGGCGGCCACGCGGGCCCUUGGAGAGAUGCUGGCUGUGUCCGGUUGUGUGGGUGCCACGCGGGGCUUCUACCCACACCUCCUGCUCGUGCUGGUCACACAGCUCCACCAGCUGGCGCGGCGCGGGCACUCCCCUGACACCCCGAAGGUGCAGGCCCCAUGGCGCCGAGGGCCCCCGCACAGCCACGCCAGCUGCGCCGUGGAGGCCUUGAAGGCCUUGCUCACCGGGGAUGGUGGCCGUAUGGUGGUCACGUGCAUGGAGCAGGCCGGAGGCUGGAGGAGGCUGGUGGGAGUCCACACCCACCUAGAAGGCGUCUUGCUGCUGGCCAGUGCCAUGGUAGCGCACGCGGACCACCACCUGCGGGGCCUGUUCGGGAGCUCGUUGCCGCGGCUGCGCAGCCCCGACGACACGCAGCGCCUCACGGCGAUGGCCUUCUUUACCGGGCUGUUGCAGAGCCGGCCCACAGCAAGGCUCUUGCGGGAGGAGGUCAUACUGGAGCGGCUGCGGGCCUGGCAGGGCGACCCCGAGCCCACCGUGCGCUGGCUGGGCCUGCUGGGCCUCGGCCACCUCGCGCUGAACCGCGGGAAGGUGCGGCACGUGAGCAAGCUGCUGCCCGCGCUGCUGGGUGCGCUGGGCGAGGGCGACGGGAGGCUCGUGGACGCCGCGCUGGGCGCGCUGCGGAGGCUCGUGCUGCGGCCUCGGGCGCCGGUGCGGCUCCUGAGCGCCGAGCUGGGGCCGCGCCUGCCGCGGCUGCUGGACGACGCCAGGGACUCGGUCCGCGCCUCGGCGGCGGGGCUUCUCGGGACGCUGGUGCGGCGGGGCCGGGGCGGGCUCCCGGUGGGCCUCCGCGGCCCCCUGAGGAAGCUGGUGCUCCAGAGCCUCAUCCCUUUGCUGUUGCGCCUGCAGGAUCCCAGCCGGGACGCUGCUGAGGUUCAGCAGUGUCCAAGUCACAUCCCCAGCUUCCUGAGCCAGACCCAGGGCUACCUACGGAGCCCACAGGACCCCUUGCGCAGGGCAGCUGCUGUGCUCCUAGGUUUCCUCGUCCAUCACACCAGCCCCGGCCGCGUCAGCCAGGACCUGCUGGACUCCCUGUUCCAGGAGCUGGGGCAGCUGCAGAGUGACCCAGAGCCCGCCGUGGUCGCCGCGGCUCACGUGUCCGCCCAACAGGUGGCGCUGCUGGCCCGCGCACAGGCCCGGCCCUGCCGCCUGCGUCAACUCCGCGCAGGCCUCUGGCACCAUACCCGGCCCCUGCCAGUCUAUGCCAACAGCCCAUUCCAGCCCCGGAGCUUCAUAGGCCGCUGGGGCUGCCUGGGACCUGGCUGAGCCUGACCCCGAGCCAGCCCGGAGGGUACCUGGGGUCCCAGUCCGACAGUGCACUGCUCUGUGGCCAGUCCUGGCAGGGCAGGUCUGCAGAAGAGGUCCGCUUGAGGGCCGCCCUGGGCCUGGUACUGGAUGCACACAAACCCACCCUCUCUAGGAACACACCGCCACGACGGCCACGUGACCUAGGACAGCCGCGCCUUCUGUCCGAGCACCAUCUUGCCCUCGGCCCACCCCCUCCCGCCUCUUGCACCCAUGGGUCCAUCUGUCCCCACUUGGGCCUGUGGCUCUCCCAGCUCCCUGGAGUGUGCCCCGCGUUCCCAGCCUGGAUGGCACCUGGCCUCCCGAGCUGGGGUCCGGUGAGGGACACCGUGAAACUGGUCCGACCCUGCGAGCUGGCGCCAUGAUAGGCUGCCUGCUUCCCGGGUCUUUGCGCACAGCCCGGCUCAGCCUCCCCUGCCUGUCCGGGCUCUCCUCCCCAGCAGCCCAUUGUCCCCCAUCACAUGUCCCACUCCUCACUGGCCUGGCCCCAUCCCCCCACACCCCCACUCCUGGGCAUCGUGUUUUCCCCCGAUUUCCCCUGACUUCCCCGCUGGAGGCUUGGGUGACGCUGUGGUUUCAGGCGUGAGGUGCCGCCAUCUGCAUCCACUAGAUGAGCCCUCAGCCGGCUCUCCGGCGCCCUGCCCGGGCUUGAACGAGGAUAGCAUGACUGCACCUGCUAGGAAGAAGCCUCUCUGGGCCCUGGUGGGCUUCUCCACCCAGAAUGCCUACCUUGAAAUGUUCUCUUGCCUUUCAAGGCCCACCCCCCAAAGCCAUCUCCUCAGAGAGGCCUUGGCUCACACAGUCUCUUGGAGGAUUAGGACCAGUCCCCCCAGUCUGGGGACCCCUUGGGGUCCUGCCUGCCCUCUGUGGAAAGUGUUUAAAAUAAACACAGAUUGGAUUAAAAGGGUCUGGCGUGUGUCUGGGGACUGGGUCUGGGCCAAGGAUGGAGUCCUGAUGACCUUGGCCUGCUACAAUAUCCAGCUCAGGCUGGGAUUACAGAUAAGGCAGAGGGUAGCCAGGAAUAAGGGUCAACCCGCCGGGCGGGGUUCGAGUCAGGAUGGUUCAGGGUCCAGGUUUAUGGCCAGGGUCAGGCAGGGCUUUGCCUGAGACAAAGAGAAAGCUCAGGAGCUCAGGCAGGAAGGAGGUUAGGUCUCUCUAGGCCCAAGCAGGGUCAGGCCAAGGGCAUGGGUCUGUGUGGAACCAGGGGCAUGGUUUGGUGUAUUAGUUUAGACCCUCCAAGGCAGACGUCAAAACAAGAUUAAGCUACAAGAAGAGGCCCUCAGACUCCCGGAAAGGAUGGGAGGGGGAAGGAAAGGAUUGUUUGGGGUGUCCUGGGAGGCUGUGCUGGCCUAGGGGCUCUCAAGCCAGUCACCCAUCCAGGAGGACCGCGGCUCCCAGGAUGGGGGUGCUGGGCAGGGCUGGGUCUCCCUCUUCAGUUUCCCUCCAGGCAGCUGGUGUGUGCGGGGAGCAUCCUCAGAGCCCCUGAUUUGAUCUGGGCCCGAAGCUGGGCUGAGCAGGGGCCUCAUGCUCCUCUCAGUGAUGGUCCCUGAGGGCAGAAGCAAGCCCGGCCUCCCCACAGCUGCAGCCCGGGAGCCAGAACCUGGGGUGAGUGUUCGCUGCCCACUGCCAUCACCAAGCAGAGCACGGCUGGGCAGUGAUGCCCUCUCGGAAGGAGGUCCCAGGCUCAGAUGAAGGCUCGGGCAUGCAGCACCCGGCCCCUUCUCGCCCCACCUCCGUGCUGCCCACACCCCACCCGGUGAGCAGGAGUGCAGGCUGUCUCUUGCACAAUGCAUCUGCCGGCUCAUGGUCGGGUGUCCGCCCCCACCUUGCUAUGCCCCCUCCCCCGCAGUACCUGCAAGCCCCGCCGGACUGCCUGGCCACCAGGUGUGAGGUUCAUCAGAGUUCAUGUGGCCCGAAGGCCCGGAGUGUGGCUGUGCUCUGGGAGAGUGAGUCUUCUCAGGGACUUCUCUGCUGGGCUGCCCCGUCCCAUGGCCAUGCCUUGGCCCUGUGUGUGGGUGAGUGUGUCCAGCCUGGGGGGUCUGCCCGCACAGGGCCCGCCAACCUGCUGCUAGGGUUGGACCACGCUUGCUGCCCUGGUCUCCGUGCUCUCAGGGCACUCGUGGCCUUGGAACCUGAGGACCAACGCUGCAACUGGGGCUUGGUGGGACCACCCAGGGCCCGCCUUCUCCCCUGACUUGAGGGUGACCUCAGGGCCCAGGGGCUCCUGUUUCUCGAACACUUCCUAAGAUUGGGGCUCUUGCAGUACUACUCGUUCACCUUGGUUUGCCUUUCAAGUGCCCCCUGACGGGGGUUUCCAAAAGAGAAGCGUGGGCCCUGGAGACGUCAGACAGGCCUGAGGGGCAUCGAGCUUCUUCCUGCAGUGUGUAGCCUGGAUCGGGGGCAUUUGGGGUGCAGUCUGCCUUUGUUCUGAUAUUAAUUUCGCUCUUGGGCUGGGAUGCUAGAUAUUCUCCGGGACUAAUGUCCUAGCUCCCGCCGAACCUACCGUCCGUCCUCUUCGGGGAGGCCUGAAGCCGCCUGUCAGUGACGGAACCACCCCUUCCUCCACCUUCCAGCACGCAGAGGAAGGCUGACUGCAGUUCCCACCAAGGAAAAGCAGAUUUCCCGGCUGUGCACCUUCCUGGAGACGCGGCCACGUCAGUCACCACCUGUGCCUACGCUCGGGGCCGCCUCUGCCACGGGCGGCUGAGGCCCGCUGAACGCCCAGGGAUCUGCAGCUCGGGGGCCAGGAGCUCCCGCGUCCAGGGACGGACUCUCAGCUUUGAGCAGAGGUGUUCGGACGAGACCUGACUGUUCAGACGAGGUCUCUGGCGUGGGUCACUGCCUGUCCAGGAGCCUCCGCGCAGCCCCAGGAGAACAGGCCAGCCCGCGGGGGAGGGGCCGGGGCCCAGCCACACGGCUGGUCUCUCCAGAGUGGCCAGGUCCCAACACAGGGCGGCCCCCUUCGCCCCACGGCACCACAGCAGCGAGACCACUGAGGGGACACCUGUGCUCAGCCCCCUCCUGUGCUCCCUCCCCGGACCUGGGGCCCCCUCGGAAACUCGGCCGGUCCUGGGACGCUCUGACGGUCAGAAAACUCCUGCUCCUGAUCAUUAGCACAGAAAGAAACCCAGUGUCUACCCUGUCAUGCAUUGCAGCGUCUCUCCGUGGGGCUGGGACGGCAUUCGCACCAUCUGUACCAUGGCCAGAGUGCCCACAGGGAGCCCGGGAAGGCGCUGGGACUCUCAGAGCUGGGGGGGAGGCAGCCCUCAGCCACCCCCAGAAACCUUUGUCACUUUGUCAGCCCAACAAGGCUUAGAGCCACUCCUGAAAAGCAGCCCCCGGGGGAGGGGAGGGCAAGGCAGGGGCCUCAGGGGGACCCCAGCCCAAUGCUCUAGCUGCUGCAUCAGCCGUCUCCCUGGCUGAGGUGUUCAGAGGGCAGAAGCAGCAGGAACCACCAAGCUUCUGGGGACUUGGCAAGGGGCCCCCAGCAAGGUCCAGCCACAGCAUCCCCAGCUUCCAGGUACGUCCUCUAGGGCUUUUUCUGUGCCCAGAGUUCCAUGAGCCACCAGUCCAAGGCUGAGGCUUCAGGGACCAGAGGCCAAAGCAGGCCUGACCCAGGACACAGGAGGCCUGGGCCCCGGGCCACAGGAGGCGGGCUUUCCCAGCCAUUCUGGUCAGUAGGAAACCUCUGAGCCUCCGUGCUGGUCUGAAUUCAGAGUGGGCCAAGGGGUACCUGGAAGGCACCCCCCCGGAGUCAAGCCCAAACCCAGAUGCGCUUCCCAGAGGCCUCAGGCUUCCCUAAGUUGGUCUGGGAUUGUGGGGAAUCCUGGGAGGGUGCUGGGACCAGGUGAUCCCCCAAAGGGCCGGCAUCACCCCCACUGAGCAUGAGCUCCACCCCCGCCCCCACCCCGGCAGCAGGGAAUGGCAUGGGCGCGAGGUGCAGCUCACCGUGA